AUGGAUACAGAUCGCAAGCGGUGGGUUGGUCUUCAGGUCAGGACAAUUAUUGGGGAAGAAAGAAAAGGGUGGAAAGGAUACAUAGAGUGGGAAGAAUAUCCAGAGAAAAAGGCCAAAGCUCGGAAGAGAUUUUCACGCCAUAAAUUUCCUCCACCUCCCGAGUUCCAACUUGGGCCAGUCCCGGCUACCAACCCAGUCCUUGAAGGUGUUCGAUGGAAGCUGUGGCAUAAAGCUAUUGGCGGUGCUCUCGUCAACGUACCUGAAGACAGCUGGAAGACUGUGCUAGAGGAAAAACACCCGGGCAUGCUCCAUCUUCUUCAGUUCCCAUACAAUGGCGAACCUCCUAAAGGCCUUCUCACCAAAGAAGCCAUAACACCAAACGACCUUCAUUUUGUACGCAACCAUGGUGGCAUACCAGACAUUGAUCCGGUAGAAUUCGACCUUCGUCUUGACGGCUUGGUAAAUGAUCCCAAAGUUCUCACGCUGGAUGAUCUAAAGAAUGAAGCUUUAUUCCCGCGCACCUCUAUGUUGGUUACUAUUCAGUGCAGUGGUACGAGGCGCGUUGAGCAGAUUGGUGAAUAUGCUGGUGAAGGCGACGAGAUGAUCAAUGCUCCAUGGGCAGAAGGAGCAAUUGGGACGGCAAAAUGGACUGGCGUCAGUCUCAAAAAGGUCAUCAAGUACUGUGGUGGACUCAAGGGUGAUGCAAAACAUCUUGAGUUAUAUGGAGCCGAAACAUAUUUCAAGGGUGGCGAUUGCAUGAAUUAUGUGGUAUCGGUUCCGUGGUCAAAGGUCAAAGCAAACGAAGUCCUCCUUGCAUGGGAGAUGAACGAUAAGCCUUUGCCCAAGAUCCAUGGUUUCCCACUGAGGGCUGUGGUCAUGGGCUAUAUUGGCGCGAGGAGUGUCAAGUGGCUCUACCGCGUUAAAGCAAUCGAGAAUCCCAGCCGUGCUCCUGUCCAGAGCAGAGAAUAUCUGUAUUUCCAACAGCAAUAUGGAAAGCAUAAUCAGCUACCUACGCUGGGAAUUCAGAUUCAAGAGAUGCCGGUCAGCAGCGCCAUCAUGAGCCCUUGGCAUAAAGAAGUUGUGGUCCAUAACGGUCAUAUUGAAGUCACUGAAGGUUGGGCUUAUUCUGGUGGUGGACGCUGGCCGGAGCGCGUCGAGGUCUCUUCGGACGGUGGUUGGGCUUGGUAUGCUGUACCAAUCGAAAAUCUGUCGCCAAAGCACAAAUACGCAUGGAGGACUUGGUCCGCUUCUAUUCCAUGCGACCAUGAAGGAUGGACAGAGCUCGUCGUCCGCUGCUGGGACAACAGUCUCAACACACAGCCAAUGAACGUGCGCCACAGCUGGAAUUGGGGGCUGCACGUUACGAGCAGCUGCCACAGAGUGAAGAUAUACAGCGUCAAUGCAAGCCGGCCCGAAACAAAGAAGAGGCUGGAACUGUUUGAACAAAACGGAGAAAAUUUCCUGCCAAUCACACGGCCAACGGAGUUUAAAUACAUGAGUGCCGAGGAAUAUGAGAAGGCAUGGUCUACUAUGGAACCACGAGAUGUGGACAAUUGA